GAUCUUUAAGCUUACCUGGUGAUAAGCCUUUUUUUUAUUUUUUUUUUAUUUUUUGGCGUUUUGGGGUUUUGUUUUAGAAAUCGCACCCUCCUGCAGUUUGUUUAAAUUCAAUGAGUGAGCAUCAUCUCUCUUUUAGACAGUCUUCUUUCGUUCUGUUCUAGUAAAUUCUGUCUUGCUGAAACAUUUGAUCUUCUAUGCGUGUUGGAUUGUUCAAAUUUUUUUCCCUUCUAGUUUGCUGUUUCUUAUUCGUUUCUGUUCAAGUCCUUAUAUUGGAGUUCGUACUGUUCAAAGGGAAUUAUUGUAGAUCUUCAGGAUGCAAUGAAAGUUGAAGAUUACUUGAAUACAGUGACAGCUACUGCUUGAGUAAACAUAUAUGAGAAGAGUAAAUGGGAUGUGCUGUUUGUCAAAAUGGUCCAUAUGGUUAUGUUGCGACUGUGUAGAUUUUAGGAUGACAUUUUUUGACAUUGCACGGUUUAGUGUCUCAAAUUGGAAAUUUCUACACAUAGUUGUGUAAUUAAAUAUUUGUAUGACAGAUCUAGACUGGGGGCAUUUAAUUAUUGAUCCCAUAAGAAAAAGAAAAACUAUGGAACCAAUUUAGCUAAAAUGAUUGAUGUGCUUUUUUGUGCGAAGUUCAGAUUGAAUGCGUAGCGGAGUUUUAUGAGAUGGAAUAAGGAGUGGGCUAGAUUUUGGACGUUGUUAUGUUAUUGUCCUCUUCUUGGUGCCUUGAUCCAAAUUCUUUUGGAUAACAACAUGGAGCAUGGGAGCAAAUAGUUAAUUCAGUCUAAGGUACUGCGAUCUGCUGAAUGUUAUGUAGUCAAACAACACAAUGGCAAUGUCUUUGAAGACUGUAAUGGCUAUUAAAUCUUACCAAAGUCAAGCUGAUGCAUUAGUGAAGAACUAUUUGUUAGCAGACCGUUUUGUCCCAUUCACUUCUGUCCUUGGAGGCAUGCUUGCUUGUAAAUUGGUCUAUGAUCUCACACAAUUAGUUAGCAAUUUUUACUUCAAGAGUUAUCUGGGUCUUACAAAAAUCCAACGAGUUGAGUGGAAUAACCGCGGCAUGUCCACUAUUCAUGCAAUCUAUAUCUCAAUUAUGUCAUUAUACUUCGUUUUCUGGUCAGAUCUCUUCUCUGACCAGCGUCAUGCUGGCCUUGUUACCUUUCAAAGUUCAACGUUGUCUACUUUCAUAUUGGGGAUUUCAGUUGGGUACUUCUUGGCAGAUCUUGGAUUGAUUGUUUGGCUGUAUCCUUCCUUAGGUGGGAUGGAGUAUGUUGUCCACCACUCUCUUUCCGGACUAGCAGUAGCAUACUCUGUUUUUUCUGGAGAAGGGCAACUCUAUACUUAUAUGGUCCUCAUCUCGGAGAUUACAACUCCUGAGAUUAAUAUGAGAUGGUAUCUUGAUACAGCUGGUAUGAAGAGAUCCUGUGCAUAUUUGAUUAAUGGCAUUGUAAUAUUUUUUGCAUGGCUGGUUGCUCGCAUACUGCUGUUUGGUUACACAUUCUAUCAUGUUUACCUGCACUAUGAUCAGGUAAUUAAGAUGCAUGUAAUUGGAUAUCUUUUGGUAUUUGGAGUGCCAACAGUGCUAGGUAUGAUGAACUUGAUGUGGUUCGGAAAGAUUGUUAAGGGAUUAAUGAAAACUAUAUCAAAGAGGUGAUGAGAAACAUAUUCUCCUAGUCGAUUUCUCUUCCUCUUUACUCUCUUGGGUCUAUUUCUUAACAUCUACACACUGGAUUGAGGAGAAAAAGGAAUUUGAUGGUAUGUAGUGUGUGUUGUAAAUGGUUCAAAAUAACUUAAACUUGUUGACAUUUAGUGUCGUUUUCAUCUUCUCAGAUUUGUGUACCAAUCCAUUUUUUCUGUAUAGUUCCAUUUUUUUUCUUGAAGAAUAUGCAUACAUACGAAUGUAUGGAAGAAAGGUGAUGAUACUACAGCAAUAUUUUUAUUUUUAUUUUUUAUUUUUGGUAUUCAGUUA